AUAUCGAAAAUCAAAUUGAUGAAUCAAUGUAUGAAAGUAUGCUCAAUUUUGAGCGACAAAUGUUUAUCGAUGCGGUUGAAACGGAUGGCUUAUUUAUUAGCGCCAAAGGUCUACAUAUGGAUACAGUUAUUAAAAACUUAUUAAAAGUUUAUUGUGAUCCAGGAAAUUUAAUAAUUGUCCUGAAUAGUUCAGAAUCGGAAGAAAAUUUUUACAUAAAAGAGUUAAAUAGUCCGCAUGUGUACAGUAAUACAUAUCAAACUGCUCAGAAUGUUCGUGAAGAUGUGUACCUAAAUGGUGGUAUACACUUCAUUACCACACGUAUUUUAGUUGUGGAUCUUUUAAAACAACGGGUACCAAUUGAUAAAAUUACAGGGAUGAUUGUUUUGCGGGCUCAUACAAUUAUUGAAAGUUGUCAAGAAGCAUUUGCGUUACGACUUUAUCGACAACACAAUAAGACUGGUUUCAUAAAAGCAUUUUCAAAUUGUGCACAAAGUUUUACCAUAAAUUUUGGCCAAGUAGAACGUGUUAUGCGAACUGUGUUCGUAAAAAAUUUAUAUUUAUGGCCUCGAUUUCAUAGUAUUGUCAUUGAGGAUUUAAAGAAAUAUGAGCCGGUGGUUGUUGAAUUACAUAUUCCAAUUUCGAAAACUUUAAAAGAUGCACAAAGUUUAAUUCUAGAUUUAAUGAAUCAAACUGUUAAAGAAUUAAAACGAAUUAAUAAAACAUUAGAUUUACAGGAAAUAACUGUUGAAAAUUGUAUUACAAAAAAGUUCCAUAAAAUAUUACAAGCUCAAUUGGAUGCAGUCUGGUAUCAAUUGAGCAGUAAAACUAAACAAUUGGUAGCCGAUUUAAAAACUUUACGACAUCUUAUUGUUACAAUGAUCCACAAUGACCCAGUGACCUUUUAUUCAGUAAUAAGUAGGUAUAUGACCAUUGAACAUGCAAUGAAAACAUCUUGGGUCGGUUUAGAUGCCGCGGAACAAUUAUUUGAAACGUCCAAACAAUUAAUUUACACCGGCAAUGCUAUAAACCAAGAAUUAAAUCCACAAUUAUGCACUAAAUGGGAGGCGCUAAAUGAAAUUUUAAAACAAGAUAUUCCAAUGGAUUUAAAGGAACUGAAAUCGAAACAUGAAGAUAUUACGAGUAAUCAAGUGAAAGUUUUAAUUUUAUGCAGCGAUUCAAAAACAUGCUAUCAACUGCAACAGGUGUUAACUUAUGGUCCAGAAAAAUAUUUAUUCUUAAAUGUUAUCAAACAUCGAAUACCAUUUAGAAAAUUGGCUACGAAUUUUACAAAACAAUUAACAAUAAUUGAAGAAUCCAAUUCACUUGGCGAAAAAUCAUUAAUCGAACAAAAAAUGAGUGAAAUUCUAACGAUGUACGAAUCAAAAACAGAAGCAAUUGCAUCGAAGAAAAAACGUAAAACAAAAAAUAAUGAUGAGAUCGAAUCAGAAGUAACAUUUAGUUCGAAUGAUAUAACUACAAUUCUGGAGGAUGUUGAAGAGGAUCAAUUUGAUGAGGAAACUAAAAAUAGUUAUUUUUUGAAAAUGUCACAAACACAAUGCAUUGAUUCAACAUUGUUGGAGAAAUCUUCUUCGAAUGAUACCACCGAUGAUACGGAAGCAGAUGAGAUUUCGAAUGAGUCACGAUUUCAUUUCGAAGCAUUUCCUGAGAUGGAAAAUUUGGAUUUGACACAAAUGGAAAAUGAAAAUCCAAUAAUAUUAAUACAAACAUUUAAAAAUAAAGAAAAUUCAUUAAACUUAAAACAAACAUUAGCACAACUGAAACCAAAUUAUAUAAUUAUGUAUCAUAGUGAUAUGGCAGCGAUAAGACAAAUUGAAGUUUACGAAGCGAAAAAUAAACGUUCACGCCCGCUAAAAGUUUAUUUUCUAAUUCACUCGGGAACGGUUGAAGAACAAAGUUAUUUAACAACGUUACGACGUGAAAAACAAGCAUUUGAAUUUCUAAUUGAAACAAAAGCUAAAAUGGUUGUGCCGGAUUAUCAAGAUGGUAAAUCGGAUGAUUGUUUAAUGUUACAACGUGAAGGUAUCCGAAUUAUGGAGAAAAAUACACGAAAAGCUGGUGGUCAAGAGAAUGAACAAGAUGAAAUUAUCAUACCAAAAAUUAUUGUUGAUAUUCGAGAAUUUCGUAGUGAAUUGCCAGCGUUAAUCCAUAAACGUGGUAUUGAAAUUGAACCAAUGACAAUAUCGGUUGGAGAUUAUGUUUUAACACCAGAAAUUUGCAUUGAACGUAAAAGUAUUUCCGAUUUAAUACAAUCGUUAAAUUCGGGACGUUUGUAUCAUCAAUGUGUACAAAUGUCGCGAUUUUAUACUAAGCCAAUGUUGUUAAUUGAGUUCGAUCAAAAUAAACCAUUUCAUUUACAAAGUAAUUAUGUGGUAUCCAGUGAUGUCUCUCAUAAUGAUAUCCAAGUGAAAUUACAAUUAUUAACUUUACACUUUCCAAAAUUGAAAUUAAUUUGGUCGCCAAGUCCAUACGCUACAGCACAAUUAUUCGAAGAAUUGAAGGAAGGGAAAGAUCAACCAAAUUUAGAAUAUGCACUAAGUAUCAGCGGUGAAGAUGAUGUAGAUAUUAUUGAGAAGAAAUAUAAUGCAGUUGUUUAUGAUUUCGUACAAAAAUUACCAGGCAUACAUUCGAAGAAUAUUGAUACGUUUUUACGACGUGGAAAAAAUUUAGAUCAUAUUAUUACAUUAACGGAGGAAGAAUUAUCUGUGAUGUUAGAUAAUCCAAAUGAUGCAAAACUAUUAUACAAUAUAAUUCACGAAGUCCAUAAACCAGAAGAAGAAGGUGUUACUGGUACGAAAUCUGAUCCAAACAAACCUGGAUCGAGUAAAUGGAAAUUAAAAAAUAAA